AUGGAUGCAGUCGAGAUACAAGAACGUUACUUGAAGAUUACGAAGAGAUAUUUAGUGCUGGGCGGUAUUUGGCCUACUCAGAAGAAGUCCGCUCAGUAUAUUUAUCGAGUUAUUAUUUAUAUUGUUAUGGUACCCACUGUCUUGGCCCAGUUAGCAAGGGUCAUAUGGUUCUUCGACAUGACUACUCUGUUACAACAACUUUCCUUCUUCCUCGCGAUGGUGCUGCUGUUGAUAAAACAAGCCGCCUACAUAAUAAACGAUGCAAAAUUUAAAGCACUUUUGGAUGGCAUGUAUAAUGACUGGAAGAAGGAUCGGACAAAAGAGGAAAUCGCUAUAAUGAUUUCGUAUAUGGACAGAGGAGCCUUUUACUCGUCGAUUUAUAUAGCGAGCGCAUACUUCGCCAUGAUGCUAUUCCUCCAAAUGCCAUGGUGGCCACGCGUAGCCGACAUUUUGAUGCCGUUAAACGCGUCUCGACCUCGAGGAUACAUCUUUCCGGCUUAUUAUUACGUCGACGACGACAAAUACUAUUACUGGAUCAUAGCGUAUUCGAGUAUCGCAACUAUCAUAACGGUGUGCGGUUACAUAGCUUGCGACAUUUACUUCAUAUACGCGGUACAGCAUGCUUGCGGAUUGUUCACGGUGGCUGGAUAUGCGAAAGCGAUUGACGACUUUUAUUAUGGUAUACUGUUUAUCGUUGUCGGUAUGACAAUCGGAGCUUUCAGUAGCACGUUAUUUUGGGUAAGUUCGUUAAACUUUAUUUUAACGGAUGACAGUAACUUGUCGGACGAUAGUAGCCUUCUUUAUAUCUUUUCGAAGCAGCUGUCAAAAAUGAAACCAUGCGCUCAGUUCUAUGAGUAUAUAGUUUUUUUAACCAUUCAACUUCUGCAUAUAUUUUUCCUGGCCAUUCAAGGACAGUUUAUGAUUAACAGAACGGACAUUGUCUACAACCAAAUAUACGAAGGACAGUGGUACAAUAGCGUGCCCAAAACUCAAGAAUUAUUUAUAUUAGCACUAAGGACAGCUAUGAAUCCUCCACAAAUAACAGCCGGAGGUGUUAUUGCAAUGAACUUGCAGACUUUCGCAGAGGUUGUAAAGGUAUCAUUUUCCUACUAUACGGUAUUGCAAACCGUCUAA